CCCCCCUCUGUUCCUCUGUUACGCAAAGAGCAGGGGCAGGUUGUGAUUUGCUCGCCGCGGCCCUCCUCCUCCCUCUCCGGGGCUGGACUUAUUCAGAGAGUUUGCAGGCGGAGCCACUUUGGUGCUUUUCCUCUGAGAUAAAUAGUGCGCGGUACAAGUGGGAACGACGCGCGCCUGACUGUCCUUUUCUGUUUCCUGCCAGGGACAGUCCACAGUGUCAGCCCGAAAACAGGCGCAGCAGAGCCGUGGAAACGGGAAAAAACGAAACAAAGAGGAGUUAAUAUGUCUGGAAGUAAAGACAGCGACGGAGGAUGGAAGAAAUUUCUGUGGAAUUCAGAGAAGAAGGAGUUUCUGGGACGCACCGGAUGCAGCUGGUUUAAAAUCCUCUUGUUCUACCUGAUUUUCUACGGAUGCUUGGCUGGAAUUUUCGUCGGGACCAUUCAGGCAAUGCUGCUAACGUUAAGUAAAGACAAGCCCACCUAUCAGGACCGAGUCGCUCCCCCAGGUCUGUCACACACACCCCGCUCAGACAAAUCUGAAAUAGCUUUCAAAAAGACCGACCCGUCUACAUACAGCAAGCAUGUGGAAAGCAUGAAGGAAUUCCUGAAACCCUACAACGACUCAUUUCAGAUUAAUGAGAACUACGAGGACUGCGGAGAGGCUCCUAGCACGUACAGGGACCGCCCUGCAGAAAGUGGGAAGGACGAUCGGAAGAAAUCCUGCAAGUUCUUAAGAAGAUGGCUUCAGGAAUGCUCUGGGCUCAACGAUGAGAACUUUGGUUUCUCAGAGGGAAACCCGUGUGUUAUCAUCAAGCUCAACAGGAUCGUCAACUUCAGACCAAAGCCUCCUUCAAAUGACACGCUCCCAGCCGAACUGCAGGGCAAAGUAGAGCCUAACACGAUUCCAAUUUACUGCAAGCCUAAGAGAGAAGAUGAUCACAAGAGCAUUGGAGACAUAAAGUACUUUGGGCUAAGCCAGGGCUUCCCUCUGCAGUACUACCCAUAUUAUGGCAAACAGCUGCACUCCCAUUACCUGCAGCCGCUGGUGGCGGUUCAGUUCUUCAACGUGACGAUGCACAAGGAGAUCCGCAUCGAGUGCAAAGCAUUCGGAGAAAACAUCAAGUACAGCGAGAAGGACCGCUAUCAGGGACGCUUUGACAUAAAGCUCACCGUGUCGUGACCUAAGCCACGCCGAGCGCUCACUCUGAAAACGAAAAACUUAGAGAAAAAAGCAGUUCACAUAAAAACCACCACUAGUCUUUGAACAUUCAUAAUAUACAGGACCUACACUUAAUCCGUGUGCUUUACACUAGCUUUUCUGUGUUUGAGGGUUAGAAUGUAAAAUCCAAGAGUAGCAAUAGCAGAUAUUUAUUCAACUGUAUAUGAUAAGAUUUCUUGAGCCAUGGGAUGCAUUCAUCUAUUACUGUAAAACUGCAAUUCCACUACUGACGUGUGGCAAGUCGUUUUGUCCCUGAGAUAGUUCACCCUCACGUGGUUUCUAUGUUUGGAGUGUCCAGUGCUGUAGUCUAGUCCCAGCUGUAACCUGUCUUAUGUCAGCUUUAGUGGUCCAAGGUGUGUGUGUGUGUUUGUGUGCAGGCAUUUAUGGGAGUGUGUGUUCAUGUGCUGACUAACUGAAUCACUGGCAUGGUACUCUGAAUCUCUAAGGCCCACGUCUGAGUAAAUAACUACGCUCCACCCGUUUGGUGGAGGAAGGGCACGUUUGUUUUGUUCACCUUAGCUGUUAGACGUAGUUUGAUUUACAUUUGUUUGAUAUUCUUUCAUGUUUGUUUGAAUCCUAGUGUAGAGCUUUGUGGGUCCAGCCUAGAAGACCGUCACCUCCACUGAAACAGUGGAGACUCAGUGCUUUGAAAUCUGUUUUGCUGGAGACAUCACACAGUGUGAUGCUACUUACUGUUGAAUGUUAGCCAUUUUCAUGAUGGAAAAAUUUUAUAUUUAUGCAGUUGUACAUUUUUUUUUUUUUUUUUUUCCUUCAAAGUCUAAUGUAUGAAUCCAAUACCAAAGUCGCUGGUCAAAGUUAAAGAACAUCAGAGGCAGUGUAGUAUCCCGUCAAAUACAAUGUUUAGUUGGUGUGAAAAUACUUAAUUCAGUGUUGAAGAUCAAAACACAUGUCAGGAGUCUGCUCUUGUUACUUUAUUUAAUCUGCAUAAGGUUGAAACAAUAAACAGAAAAAUGAGACAACUGAA